UCCUGUCGACGCCGCGUGUCGAAUCUGCCAGUGUGGUGAAAAUUGCAAUUCCAAUGGAAACAUCUGCAACAGUAGCCAGUUGAAACAGUCUACCAUUAGAAUUUCGGAUUCGCAGGGAGUAUUUCUCUCCGAUAGCACAUGGAAAAUUUACGCGACGCCACGCCACACUACUAGAUGCAUUAUGUAACGUUUUCUGACAGAAGAAUAUGCUUCCUUUAUCAUGGUGGAUAAGCUAACGAUAGCAACAAAGCUAGCUUAGUUGAGCAAGCAUUUCAACUUGACUGCUGGCAGGUUACCUUCCUGCAGAAGACUAUUCAGUAAAAUAACUAUGGCAGAAAUAUGGCGAUAAGGAUUUCCACUUUCCGGUUGCGCUAAUGACAACUCAUGGAGAAGGCAGAUUUUCAGAGGUGGCUGGAGUCCGUCUCUGCCACUUUCCUUACACUGAACGACCAGCAGCGCAACCAAUCUUUGGACCACAUCAUAUCCCUUAGUGGUGCUGCCCAGCUUCGCCAUUUGUCUAAUGGCUUGGAAGCACUGCUGAAACGUGAUUUUCUGCGACUUCUGCCUCUGGAACUGGCUUUCUAUUUGCUGCGCUGGUUAGAUCCACAGACCUUACUCACUUGCUGCCUUGUCUGCAAGCAAUGGAACAAAGUGAUAAAUUCAUGCACAGAAGUGUGGCAGAAUGUUUGUCGGGAGCUGGGGUGGAAGAUUGAUGAGUCCAUUCAGGAUGCUUCCCAUUGGAAGGGUGUCUACAUUAAGGCUAAACUGCGUAUGGUGCAGCUGAAGGAUCAGAAGGCCUUUGAGACAUCCUCACUAAUUGGUCACAGUGCUCGCGUGUAUGCUCUGUAUUAUAAGGAUGGUCUUCUCUGCACAGGAUCUGAUGAUCUCUCUGCAAAGUUAUGGGAUGUUCGUACUGGGCAGUGCAUUUAUGGAAUUCAGACACACACCUGUGCCACAGUCAAGUUUGAUGAGCAGAAGCUUGUGACCGGAUCCUUUGACAAUACUAUUGCAUGCUGGGAGUGGAGCACAGGGAACAAAAUUCAGCAGUUCCGUGGCCACACAGGAGCAGUUUUCAGUGUGGACUACAAUGAUGAGAUGGACAUGCUGGUAAGCGGCUCUGCUGACUUCACUGUGAAGGUCUGGGCUUUGGCUGCCGGCGCCUGUCUCAACACGCUGACUGGACAUACUGAAUGGGUUACCAAGGUGAUACUACAGAAAAGUGAAGUGGAGUCUGUGGUUCACAGUCCUGGUGAUUACAUCCUCCUAAGUGCUGAUAAGUAUGAAAUUAAGGUCUGGCCUUUAGGAAAAGAAAUUAACUGUAAGUGCUUAAAGACACUGUCAGUGUCAGAAAACCGCAGCAUCAGCCUUCAACCUCGUUUGCAGUUUGACGGACGCCACAUUGUUUGCAGCUCUGAUAUCGGAGUAUAUCAGUGGGACUUUGCCAGUUUUGAGAUUCUCAGGGUGAUAAAAGCGCAGGAUCCAUCCAACUUGUCCUUGUUGAGCUUUGGUGAAGUGUUUGCACUCCUUUUUGACAACCAUUUCCUCUACGUGAUGGAUCUCAGGACAGAGUCAAUUUCAGGCCGCUGGCCCUUACCACCAUACAGGAAAUCUAAACGUGGAUCCAGUUUCCUGGCUGGUGUGACAUCUUGGCUCAAUGGCUUGGAUGGGGACAACGACUCUGGACUUGUGUUCGCAACAAGCAUGCCUGACCACAGCAUUCAUUUAGUACUAUGGAAGGAAAACGGCUAAAGGGCGUGGUAUUAUUGACUUCAUGUGAAUCACCAUACACAAACAUAAUGGAGUAUGGCUUUAAUUGAGGAUUUUCUUUUCAUCACUUCCAUCCAUUCAUGCGGCCUGUCCUGUGCUGUACAUGUUACAGCAAACAAAGACAAGUUUUGUCAAAUCAGAAAAAGUGUAACCACUCCUUGAUGCCACCACAUGACUUGGCAGCAAUGCUGAAAGACUCAAAUCGAGUUUAAAAUAAAUUACCGCACACUCUAUUUUGUAUCCAAAUGUGUGUGAUAUAAUAUUGUGGAAUUUGUGUUGAAUGGAAAAAUGAAGCAAAUUCCCUAAUUUUAUCUGCAAACUAAAAAGAUGACUAUAGCGACAAUAGAUCAACAUUUUAGCUGUUAUUUACAGCCAUCUAUACGAAUCAUGUUCGCAACGUGGAUUGUACUUUUCCUUUUCACUCGCAUAUUUUUUUUAUGAGAGCAACCAGUUGAACAUGUGACAUUGUUUAGUCACUGAGGUGUGUCCUAACACAUUGUUUAUUUAAACCAAGCUAAUGCUUCAAACAGUUAUUGAUUUGCUCAUAAUCCUCAGCAUAAAAACUUAUAUGUGAAACACGGAGUGAAUGUCAUCACUUUGGCUUGAAUGGCUUCUUCUGGGACAGGCUGAUGGCAGAGAGACCUCAAAAAUCAAAAAGAAAAUUGGGCUUGGUAAUAUAAAAAAAAAAAAGAUGCACCCAAAACCGAUUGGGAGAUUCUUUUUCUUGUUGCCACAAAAUGACAAAACCACCACAAAAACACAGUAAAUUUAUUUAUUUUGGGUCUGGCCAAAUCUCCAGACUUAUACCCUAUUUAGCAUGCAUUCUAAUUAAAUACAUUUUCUUUUUUUGGGGGGGAUUCCUUUGUCAAAGUCUCUUCACAUUACAUUGUUGCCAGCCACAAUUUCAGACUUCAAAGGUGCCAUCACAGUGAAGAGAAAUUUUCACAAAAUGCCAACAUAUGAAAUAUUGAACAGAAACUGUAUUUUUGCUAACAUGCUAAUCGCUAAACAUACCUGCUUUUUUUUUUUUAGGUACUAAAGUAACCCAAGAAAUAUGCAAGCAAUAGU